AGGCGGCAGGUAGCCUAGUGGUUAGAGUGUAGAGGUGGCAGGUAGACUAGUGGUUAGAGUGUAGGGACGGCAGGUAGCCUGGUGGUUAGAGUGUAGGGACGGCAGGUAGCCUGGUGGUUAGAGUGUAGGGACGGCAGGUAGACUAGUGGUUAGAGUGUAGGGACGGCAGGUAGCCUAGUGGUUAGAGUGUAGAGGUGGCAGGUAGACUAGUGGUUAGAGUGUAGGGACGGCAGGUAGCCUGGUGGUUAGAGUGUAGGGACGGCAGGUAGCCUGGUGGUUAGAGUGUAGGGACGGCAGGUAGACUAGUGGUUAGAGUGUAGGGACGGCAGGUAGCCUAGUGGUCAGAGUGUAGGGACGGCAGGUAGCCUAGUGGUUAGAGUGUAGGGGGGGCAGGUAGCCUAGUGGUUAGAGUGUAGGGACGGCAGGUAGCCUAGUGGUUAGAGUGUAGGGACGGCAGGUAGACUAGUGGUUAGAGUGUAGGGACGGCAGGUAGCCUGGUGGUUAGAGUGUAGGGACGGCAGGUAGCCUAGUGGUUAGAGUGUAGGGGGGGGCAGGUAGUCUAGUGGUUAGAGUGUAGGGACGGCAGGUAGCCUAGUGGUUAGAGUGUAGGGACGGCAGGGUAGCCUAGUGGUUAGAGUGUAGGGACGGCAGGUAGCCUAGUGGUUAGAGUGUAGGGACGGCAGGUAGCCUAGUGGUUAGAGUGUAGGGACGGCAGGUAGCCUGGUGGUUAGAGCGUUGGGCCGGUAACCGAUAGGUUGGCUGGAUCGAAUCCCCGAGCUGACAAGGUACAACUCUGUCCCUGAACAAGGCAGUUAACCCGCUGUUCCCCGGUAGGCCAUCGUUGUAAAUAAGAAUUUGUUCUUAACUGACUUUCCUAGUUAAAUAAAGGUUACACACAUUUAGUUUCGGUAUCAGACUAAUUUUCUUAUGGUUUUGUUUGCAGAGAAUACAGGCUGGCAGUUUAUCACCAGUUCACCCUAUGGGCACAUGGGAGAAUUGGACGAGGUGUACGGCGUCUCAUCCCUGCGUGUGUCGUCUCUUCGAUAAGGCGCGCAUACCCAGAAGCAAGUGGCAUCUACAUUGAGUUUGAAUAAAACCAGUUCAUUUAGUAAAUGUAGCCUAGCCUGAAGACAUAGACCUAAUACCUGCGCCUUAUGUAAAAAAUAGUACUCGUUAGCUUGUCCACUAUAACAACAGGUUCAAGAGUAACCAGAUAAACUUGCUUUGAAGAUAAAACUACUUUCAACGUGCAGUAACCCUGUGUCCCUGUCGCUAGAGUAGUGACUUUAACUAGCUUUGGCUGCCAUCUAGUGGAAAGGAAUGGUAACUACACUGGACAGCUAGUUGUCAGAGUCAAAGAAGACUUUAAUAAUAAAUGUCAUUUAGCUGACGCCUUUAUUGAAAGUGACCUGGCUACAUGGUAGUGGAAACGGAUUUUUACAAGUUGGUCCGGGAGAGAGAAAGUCAAAACAGCAGGUCCGGGAGAGAGAAAGUGAAAACAGCAGGUCAGGGAGAGAGAAAGUCAAAACAGCACGUCUGGGAGAGAGAAAGUCAAAACAGCACGUCUGGGAGAGAGAAAGUCAAAACAGCAGGUCAGGGAGAGAGAAAGUCAAAACAGCAGGUCAGGGAGAGAGAAAGUCAAAACAGCAGGUCAGGGAGAGAGAAAGUCAAAACAGCAGGUCUGGGAGAGAGAAAGUCAAAACAGCAGGUCAGGGAGAGAGAAAGUCAAAACAGCAGGUCAGGGAGAGAGAAAGUCAAAACAGCAGGUCUGGGAGAGAGAAAGUCAAAACAGCAGGUCAGGGAGAAAGUCAAAACAGCAGGUCUGGGAGAGAGAAAGUCAAAACAGCAGGUCUGGGAGAGAGAAAGUCAAAACAGCAGGUCUGGGAGAGAGAAAGUCAAAACAGCAGGUCAGGGAGAAAGUCAAAACAGCAGGUCUGGGAGAGAGAAAGUCAAAACAGCAGGUCCGGGAGAGAGAAAGUCAAAACAGCAGGUCCGGGAGAGAGAAAGUCAAAACAGCAGGUCCGGGAGAGAGAAAGUGAAAACAGCAGGUCAGGGAGAGAGAAAGUGAAAACAGCAGGUCAGGGAGAGAGAAAGUCAAAACAGCACGUCUGGGAGAGAGAAAGUCAAAACAGCAGGUCCGGGAGAGAGAAAGUCAAAACAGCAGGUCAGGGAGAGAGAAAGUCAAAACAGCAGGUCAGGGAGAGAGAAAGUCAAAACAGCAGGUCAGGGAGAGAGAAAGUCAAAACAGCAGGUCCGGGAGAGAGAAAGUCAAACAGCAGGUCAGGGAGAGAGAAAGUCAAAACAGCAGGUCCGGGAGAGAGAAAGUCAAAACAGCAGGUCAGGGAGAGAGAAAGUCAAAACAGCAGGUCAGGGAGAGAGAAAGUCAAAACAGCAGGUCAGGGAGAGAGAAAGUCAAAACAGCAGGUCUGGGAGAGAGAAAGUCAAAACAGCAGGUCUGGGAGAGAGAAAGUCAAAACAGCAGGUCUGGGAGAGAGAAAGUCAAAACAGCAGGUCCGGGAGAGAGGAAGUCAAAACAGCAGGUCCGGGAGAGAGAAAGUCAAAACAGCAGGUCCGGGAGAGAGAAAGUGAAAACAGCAGGUCAGGGAGAGAGAAAGUGAAAACAGCAGGUCAGGGAGAGAGAAAGUCAAAACAGCACGUCUGGGAGAGAGAAAGUCAAAACAGCAGGUCAGGGAGAGAGGAAGUCAAAACAGCAGGUCAGGGAGAGAGAAAGUCAAAACAGCAGGUCUGGGAGAGAGAAAGUCAAAACAGCAGGUCAGGGAGAAAGUCAAAACAGCAGGUCUGGGAGAGAGAAAGUCAAAACAGCAGGUCUGGGAGAGAGAAAGUCAAAACAGCAGGUCCGGGAGAGAGGAAGUCAAAACAGCAGGUCCGGGAGAGAGAAAGUCAAAACAGCAGGUCCGGGAGAGAGAAAGUGAAAACAGCAGGUCAGGGAGAGAGAAAGUGAAAACAGCAGGUCAGGGAGAGAGAAAGUCAAAACAGCACGUCUGGGAGAGAGAAAGUCAAAACAGCAGGUCAGGGAGAGAGGAAGUCAAAACAGCAGGUCAGGGAGAGAGAAAGUCAAAACAGCAGGUCUGGGAGAGAGAAAGUCAAAACAGCAGGUCAGGGAGAAAGUCAAAACAGCAGGUCUGGGAGAGAGAAAGUCAAAACAGCAGGUCUGGGAGAGAGAAAGUCAAAACAGCAGGUCAGGGAGAGAGAAAGUCAAAACAGCAGGUCUGGGAGAGAGAAAGUCAAAACAGCAGGUCAGGGAGAGAGAAAGUCAAAACAGCAGGUCUGGGAGAGAGAAAGUCAAAACAGCAGGUCCGGGAGAGAGAAAGUGAAAACAGCAGGUCAGGGAGAGAGAAAGUGAAAACAGCAGGUCAGGGAGAGAGAAAGUGAAAACAGCAGGUCAGGGAGAGAGAAAGUCAAAACAGCACGUCUGGGAGAGAGAAAGUCAAAACAGCAGGUCAGGGAGAGAGAAAGUCAAAACAGCAGGUCAGGGAGAGAGAAAGUCAAAACAGCAGGUCAGGGAGAGAGAAAGUCAAAACAGCAGGUCAGGGAGAGAGAAAGUCAAAACAGCAUGUCUGGGAGAGAGAAAGUCAAAACAGCAGGUCAGCGAGAGAGAAAGUCAAAACAGCAGGUCAGGGAGAGAGAAAGUCAAAACAGCAGGUCAGGGAGAGAGAAAGUCAAAACAGCAGGUCAGGGAGAGAGAAAGUCAAAACAGCAGGUCUGGGAGAGAGAAAGUCAAAACAGCAGGUCAGGGAGAGAGAAAGUCAAAACAGCAGGUCAGGGAGAGAGAAAGUCAAAACAGCAGGUCAGGGAGAGAGAAAGUCAAAACAGUAGGUCUGGGAGAGAGAAAGUCAAAACAGCAGGUCAGGGAGAAAGUCAAAACAGCAGGUCUGGGAGAGAGAAAGUCAAAACAGCAGGUCUGGGAGAGAGAAAGUCAAAACAGCAGGUCAGGGAGAGAGAAAGUCAAAACAGCAGGUCAGGGAGAAAGUCAAAACAGCAGGUCUGGGAGAGAGAAAGUCAAAACAGCAGGUCCGGGAGAGAGAAAGUCAAAACAGCAGGUCAGGGAGAGAGAAAGUCAAAACAGCAGGUCCGGGAGAGAGAAAGUCAAAACAGCAGGUCCGGGAGAGAGAAAAUCAAAACAGCAGGUCAGGGAGAGAGAAAGUCAAAACAGCAGUUCCGGGAGAGAGAAAGUGAAAACAGCAGGUCAGGGAGAGAGAAAGUGAAAACAGCAGGUCAGGGAGAGAGAAAGUCAAAACAGCACGUCUGGGAGAGAGAAAGUCAAAACAGCAGGUCAGGGAGAGAGAAAGUCAAAACAGCAGGUCAGGGAGAGAGAAAGUCAAAACAGCAGGUCAGGGAGAGAGAAAGUCAAAACAGCAGGUCAGGGAGAGAGAAAGUCAAAACAGCACGUCUGGGAGAGAGAAAGUCAAAACAGCAGGUCAGCGAGAGAGAAAGUCAAAACAGCAGGUCAGGGAGAGAGAAAGUCAAAACAGCAGGUCCGGGAGAGAGAAAGUCAAAACAGCAGGUCAGGGAGAGAGAAAGUCAAAACAGCAGGUCCGGGAGAGAGAAAGUCAAAACAGCAGGUCAGGGAGAGAGAAAGUCAAAACAGCAGGUCAGGGAGAGAGAAAGUCAAAACAGCAGGUCUGGGAGAGAGAAAGUCAAAACAGCAGGUCAGGGAGAAAGUCAAAACAGCAGGUCUGGGAGAGAGAAAGUCAAAACAGCAGGUCUGGGAGAGAGAAAGUCAAAACAGCAGGUCUGGGAGAGAGAAAGUCAAAACAGCAGGUCCGGGAGAGAGGAAGUCAAAACAGCAGGUCCGGGAGAGAGAAAGUCAAAACAGCAGGUCCGGGAGAGAGAAAGUGAAAACAGCAGGUCAGGGAGAGAGAAAGUGAAAACAGCAGGUCAGGGAGAGAGAAAGUCAAAACAGCACGUCUGGGAGAGAGAAAGUCAAAACAGCACGUCUGGGAGAGAGAAAGUCAAAACAGCAGGUCAGGGAGAGAGGAAGUCAAAACAGCAGGUCAGGGAGAGAGAAAGUCAAAACAGCAGGUCUGGGAGAGAGAAAGUCAAAACAGCAGGUCAGGGAGAAAGUCAAAACAGCAGGUCUGGGAGAGAGAAAGUCAAAACAGCAGGUCUGGGAGAGAGAAAGUCAAAACAGCAGGUCCGGGAGAGAGGAAGUCAAAACAGCAGGUCCGGGAGAGAGAAAGUCAAAACAGCAGGUCCGGGAGAGAGAAAGUGAAAACAGCAGGUCAGGGAGAGAGAAAGUGAAAACAGCAGGUCAGGGAGAGAGAAAGUCAAAACAGCACGUCUGGGAGAGAGAAAGUCAAAACAGCAGGUCAGGGAGAGAGGAAGUCAAAACAGCAGGUCAGGGAGAGAGAAAGUCAAAACAGCAGGUCUGGGAGAGAGAAAGUCAAAACAGCAGGUCAGGGAGAAAGUCAAAACAGCAGGUCUGGGAGAGAGAAAGUCAAAACAGCAGGUCUGGGAGAGAGAAAGUCAAAACAGCAGGUCAGGGAGAGAGAAAGUCAAAACAGCAGGUCUGGGAGAGAGAAAGUCAAAACAGCAGGUCAGGGAGAGAGAAAGUCAAAACAGCAGGUCUGGGAGAGAGAAAGUCAAAACAGCAGGUCCGGGAGAGAGAAAGUGAAAACAGCAGGUCAGGGAGAGAGAAAGUGAAAACAGCAGGUCAGGGAGAGAGAAAGUGAAAACAGCAGGUCAGGGAGAGAGAAAGUCAAAACAGCACGUCUGGGAGAGAGAAAGUCAAAACAGCAGGUCAGGGAGAGAGAAAGUCAAAACAGCAGGUCAGGGAGAGAGAAAGUCAAAACAGCAGGUCAGGGAGAGAGAAAGUCAAAACAGCAGGUCAGGGAGAGAGAAAGUCAAAACAGCAUGUCUGGGAGAGAGAAAGUCAAAACAGCAGGUCAGCGAGAGAGAAAGUCAAAACAGCAGGUCAGGGAGAGAGAAAGUCAAAACAGCAGGUCAGGGAGAGAGAAAGUCAAAACAGCAGGUCAGGGAGAGAGAAAGUCAAAACAGCAGGUCUGGGAGAGAGAAAGUCAAAACAGCAGGUCAGGGAGAGAGAAAGUCAAAACAGCAGGUCAGGGAGAGAGAAAGUCAAAACAGCAGGUCAGGGAGAGAGAAAGUCAAAACAGUAGGUCUGGGAGAGAGAAAGUCAAAACAGCAGGUCAGGGAGAAAGUCAAAACAGCAGGUCUGGGAGAGAGAAAGUCAAAACAGCAGGUCUGGGAGAGAGAAAGUCAAAACAGCAGGUCAGGGAGAGAGAAAGUCAAAACAGCAGGUCAGGGAGAAAGUCAAAACAGCAGGUCUGGGAGAGAGAAAGUCAAAACAGCAGGUCCGGGAGAGAGAAAGUCAAAACAGCAGGUCAGGGAGAGAGAAAGUCAAAACAGCAGGUCCGGGAGAGAGAAAGUCAAAACAGCAGGUCCGGGAGAGAGAAAAUCAAAACAGCAGGUCAGGGAGAGAGAAAGUCAAAACAGCAGUUCCGGGAGAGAGAAAGUGAAAACAGCAGGUCAGGGAGAGAGAAAGUGAAAACAGCAGGUCAGGGAGAGAGAAAGUCAAAACAGCACGUCUGGGAGAGAGAAAGUCAAAACAGCAGGUCAG